CCAGUCACCUUACACUCUACAAAUAGCAACAAACGAAGCAGUCGAAUGGUCAAUCAACAACAAAAGGACAUUUACAUUCUAAGAAAAAACAAAGAAAUUGCAAUUGACUUCUCAAAGUCAGAGCAUCAGCUUUCUCCAAUAUACAUGUAUAUGUCGAAAAAGAAUGCUUCAAAAAAUGUACAUUAGUGACCACAAAAUUCACCACCUUUUACCAACAAGAAGUGAACAGUUUUAUAAGCUAUACAAAGUUCCCAGAAGUGUCUAAAAUGAGAACAGUGAGAGCCUCAAGGACUUUUAUUCCCUAGGCAUUGUUAACUUUUCAGGAAGCUUAUGAUUUAACUAAAUACAUCCAAGGAUUGGGAUUCUUAAUUUGUGGCUCGAUUUUCGCAUUUGUGCUCACAAAUCUGAGGUCCAACUUCACAAACGCCUUAUCCGUCUAUAAGACCUAUUGACGAUCCAAGACAGCAACACAGACGUGAAUUUACGGUCGAGGGUGACACGUUUUUAGAUAUUUUAUCAAUGCAGAAAUGACUACACAACCGGCCUAUGUUUAGGGUCGAUUGCGGUUAGCUUCUUAGUCGGUUUAUUAUAUAUGAUAUCACAUAUUAGAGAUACAGGAGGUAAAAAUUGGCAUCAAUUUUUAAUGAUUCAAUGGUGUCUAUGAAUGGCAGCCCACCCUCCCCCAAAUGAUUCUCUGAUACACCCAGUAGCUGCGAGUAUAAUAACAGCUACUGGCUCCUUCUCCAAAAUCGGAGCUAAGUGUAUUGUUAUAAAACAAUUAAAAAGACCAUUGCAUGAGGUUUGACCCAAAUUACCUCAUAGUGUAAACAAGUCCCCUUAUUUAUUUGAGGUCGUUGGUGUGUCGACAUUAACGGGACAUUUUAAAGGCAAAUUGAAAGUGCGCCGUUCAUAGUCGAUCUGCCAAAAAGAAGGAAUAAAUGCAAUAUAUCUGCCAUGUAUUUUGCAGAUUCAUGGAAGGCCAUUAGUGUAGCAGAGUUUAGGGAAAUAGUACAACAAGAACAAAAAAUUAGAGAAAAGAGCAUAUUAGAGAAAUACGUGGAGUUGGGAUGGCAGGAGUACUGCGCUGAUCUACGGGUUAGUGACGAGGACAAAAGGUACUACUAUCGUCAAUUCCUCCUCGGUCGUGGGGAACUUUGCACUAACGCAACACCAUCUCCAGAAACGCCAUCUGAAGACGCCAGACAGGCAUACAAUGCAGAUAUUGAAGAAGCUAGACAAGUGGCAUUUCUUUUCCUGGCAGCGCCACUCGACGGAGAUGAUAUAGUGAAAAGGAAAUGCGAAAUCCGAAAUUUUCGGGAGUUGUACCCCGGGGCUUCCCAGUGCAGUGGAAACGUGGGCCAGGUAGUAAUGGUGUACAACAAAAACGAACUCUUUAACAAAGUCACCACGUACAUUGAAGAACACCGUAAAAAAGGACGUAUUGUCAUCUUGUUUGUAGGUCAUGGGGGACCAGACGGGCAAAUCACUCUGGCGGUAGAAAAAUGUCCCCUGAAGGAGUACAUUGACUGUGUUGACGAGGUGGCCAACAACCUUUACCCGCCUGUGCCUAUCGAUCUGAUCAACGCCCAAUGUUACGCCCAUUUGGUGACCAAGUCUAGAUGCCCGUCUACUAAAAUAAUACAUCUGAGUAACGAGGAUAGUCCCCAGACGAAUUCUCGGUCAUAUAAGCUAGAUGACCAAACUCUUAGUUGGCUAAUAGUAGAACUACAAGACUACGCACGGACUGUAAGAGACAAACAAGACGCAGAUGCCGGUAAACAGUCUAUACCUCAAACGCCGACCGAGGAGACGACACAGCCGGCGAAAGGAGGCUUUGAUCUUGCACUGUUUCGAGAUCCAGUUCACGAACGCUUCAAGUGUAAAACCUGCAAGUUGGUGCUACGAGAUGCGAUGCAAGCUCCUUGUGGACACAGGCACUGUAAGACGUGUCUAGAUGACUUCAUUAGAUCCAGUGGUGCUCAGCGAUGCUCGGCCUGUCCAAAAGGCGCAGAAGGCGGUGAAAGUCAGGUUUGUUCCGUUGUUACUGAACGCUUUAAUUAUUACAAAAGUGGAAUUUUAUGUCGGGUAGUGAACGGUUAGCGACGAAUAUUGUAAUUUUUGUUAUAGAGGCAUUAAAAGUGGCCUGAUAAAUACUAGCAUUUUUUAAAAUUAGUGUAAAAGUAGUGAACGCCGGUCAAUUUCAAUUUAUACGCACGUUUCAAUUUAUAUGGUAACUCAGGUUUAUUCAUUUGCGUAAAAAAGAGCAUGAAAUUAAGUUAGGUUACUGAUAAUGUACAUCACGCGUGUGUUGAUAUUGAAGAAGUGUGAAGAAUGCCAAAAUGCGAUAACAGGUACAAAAUUGGACAACGUUUGGUCAACGUUUUACUUUGAUGCUUGCACAUUACUGGGAUAAAACAGUUAGUCGGAUAUGACGUUUUUCAGCAAGAAGUUAAAUUUCAUUACGUCAUGGUUGCUUAUGCAAUACAGCAUUGGUCAAA